AUGUCAGAAGAUUGGAAAUCGUCGUUGAAUAUCCCCACAAAGGAUACAAGACCUCAAACCGAUGAUGUAUUAAACACCAAAGGUAAAACCUUUGAAGAAUUAGGAUUAAAAAGAGAAUUAUUAAUGGGGAUUUUUGAAGCAGGGUUUGAGAAACCUUCACCUAUUCAAGAAGAAUCAAUUCCAAUGGCUUUAGCUGGUAGAGAUAUUUUAGCCAGAGCCAAAAAUGGUACAGGUAAAACCGCUUCCUUCAUCAUACCAACAUUAAACCGAAUCAAACCCAAAUUAAAUAAAAUUCAAGCUUUAAUAUUAGUACCAACCAGAGAAUUAGCUUUACAAACAUCUCAAGUAGUAAGAACUUUAGGUAAACAUGUAGGAGUUCAAUGUAUGGUCACUACAGGUGGUACAUCCUUAAAAGAUGAUAUUAUGAGAUUAAAUGAACCGGUUCAUGUUUUAGUAGGUACUCCUGGUAGAGUGUUAGAUUUAUGUUCAAGAGAAAUCGCUGAUUUAAGUGAAUGUCCAAUAUUUGUUAUGGAUGAAGCUGAUAAAAUGUUAUCAAGAGAAUUUAAAAGAAUCAUUGAACAAAUCUUACAAUUCUUCCCUAAACAAAGGCAAUCAUUAUUAUUUUCAGCUACUUUCCCAUUAUCAGUUAAAUCUUUUAUGGAUGAACAUUUAACUAAACCUUAUGAAAUCAAUUUAAUGGAUGAAUUAACCUUGAAAGGUAUUUCUCAAUUUUAUGCUUUUGUUGAUGAAAAGCAAAAAUUACAUUGUCUUAAUACAUUAUUUAGUAAGUUACAAAUUAAUCAAUCGAUUAUCUUUUGUAAUUCUACCAAUAGAGUUGAAUUAUUAGCUAAAAAAAUUACAGAAUUAGGUUACUCAUGUUAUUAUUCUCAUGCUAGAAUGCCUCAACAAGCAAGAAAUAAAGUAUUCCAUGAAUUUAGAAUGGGUAAAGUUAGAAAUUUAGUAUGUUCGGAUUUAUUAACUAGAGGUAUUGAUAUACAAGCAGUUAACGUAGUUAUUAAUUUUGAUUUCCCAAAAACUGCUGAAACUUAUUUACAUAGAAUUGGUAGAUCAGGUAGAUUUGGUCAUUUAGGGUUAGCUGUUAACUUAUUAUCUUGGGAUGAUAGAUAUAGUUUGUAUAAGAUUGAACAAGAAUUAGGUACUGAGAUCAAGCCAAUUCCUGCGAAUAUUGAUAAAUCUUUGUAUGUGGCUGAGAAUAGCGAUGCUGUGCCUAAACCAUUUUCCACAGGUGAAUUACCUAAAGGGAACGAAAAGAAUGGUAGAGAGUAUAAGGGACAACCAGGACAACCAGGAGAAAGUACAGUUCCUCAAGGUGUUCCUCAAGGUGUUCCUCAAGGUGUUCCUCAAAAUGUUGCAGUCCAACAACCAGUACCAUCAGCACCAAUUCCAAAUGCCGGUCAAGCUUCUAGUACCGCUUCUCCAGCUACUCCUUCAACUCCAAAUGCAAAUUACCCUUACAUGGCUAAUCCAGCCAUGCCUCAAUUCCCAGGUUAUCCCCAAGGGUACCCACAAUUCCAAGGAUAUCCUCAAGGAUACCCACAAUUUAAUGGCUACCCAUAUAACCAAUUCCCACCUCAACCAAAUGGUCAACCCGGUCAACCUGGCCAACCCGGUCAACCUGGCCAACCUGGUCAACCUGGUCAACCAGCCAGUCAAAACCCACCAUCACAAUAG